UUGUGCAUCGUUAAUCCGCCCUGAUGUCACGGUGCAGAAGGAGUGGCUCUCCGCUUUAAUCCCACCAAAUUAUCUGGACGGAUCCAAACCGAGCCACCGGACAUGGAGACCGCAGCGGCCGGACUCGGUCCUGCUCGCCGCCGCUGACACGCAGGUUGUCCUGAUUGACGUUUUGUUGGCGACACAAGGAACAUGUUCUGAAACUUAGUGACAUCACGCCCCCACCAUGAGUCAUAAGUAUCAGGGAGACGCGUUGGGAGACGGAGGCGAAGAGCACAAGGUAGCAAGAAGCAGGCAGCCUAAUGGAGAACAUCCAGUCCGGCGGUCCUGGAGGCCGUGUCAGAUGGUCAACCAGGAUGGGGAAGUGAAUCCUCAUCAUCAUCACCAUCACCACCACCAUCAUCCUCACAGCCACCCUGCCACAGCUCGUGGACCCACGCGGCACCGCCAGCGGCCUCCUCAAGUGCAGAGUCAAGGACAGGGGUCUGGGCCUGUCCCACCCAGUCCAGUGGGGGCUGAGAAUCGAGGCCCUGAGCUUUGUCCUGUCAAAGAGCCCCGCCCUGCUGUCACCAGAUAUCGUCGCCAUGGUGACCCCAACCCAAGACUGAGAGGUCACAGACACAGGCAACCAAUCAGAGAGAGGCAAGACUAUUCAUCACCACCGACACAAGAGGAGAGAGAAGGUCCAUCAGCUGUGCAGCAAUGCCCUUUCGAUUAUUCUGUUGUGGACCAAUCUGUGGACAGUGUCGGUGUCUUCACCCCCACCUACAUCACACCAGCUCCUGCAGCCAGCGAGGGCAAUGAGCAACUCCAACUUGACCAUGUGUCAUCUGCUCAGGAGGAGAAGAUUGUGCAGGAUGAAGAAUCAAAGGAGGGUGAAAGAGAAGAUGGAGGUUGUAGCUUGACGGCAAGUGAGUCCACCUGUAACCAUGACAAUUUGCAAACAGCAGUAAACGACAGAGAGGAGAUGCUUUUGGAGAAGGUGGAGGAAGACCAGGAAGAAGCAAUUCAUGUUUUGUCAGAGAACAGUGUGACCCAGGGAAGUGAACUCACUGACCUCUGUUCUGACACUGAGAGUGCUGCCUCACUCAGUAUGGAUGGACCUCUUCACAGUCCACCACCACUACAUUCUCCAACCCCUCCUUCAUCCCCAGAUGUUCCUCACUUUCCCCAGUUUGACCAUUUCAGUGAUGGCCCCAGUGUGAGCCCUCUGCCUGAAAAUGACCUGUUACCUCCAGAGGACAAUGAGGACUGUUCGGAAUCGUGCUCACUGUCCCUCUCCACAUCUUGCUCUGAAACAUAUCCAAAAUCCUAUGCAGAUGAUUGUACAGAAUCUCACAGAAAAUCUUACACAAAGCCUCUAUGCCAGUCGUUCUCACAGCCCUACGUAAAAUCUCAUCCCAACUCUUUUCCAGAGUCUCUUAAAAGCUCAUACCCCGACUUUUAUGAUGAAUCUCCCAGACAACCUGGUCGGAAGCCUGAGGCUAAUGAGACCCACCUGGAGUCGAGCUAUAGACAGGAGAAUGUACAAAAAGGGGCUCCAUCUUCCCCUGCUAAGUUUUCUAAUCAGGCUUCCAGGCAGAGUAGAGAUCGUGGUCCACAUCAACUUCCUAUGGACCGCUCUGUUGGCUGCAGGCUCCAUCACUAUGAUGGUCAUUCUGACAGCGAGAGCGACGGCACUGAUCAAAGCCGUGUUCCAAAAAUUCAGAGGCAUUCGCAGAGACGCACAGAAACCCACCCCAAGAGUCCCACACCCAAGCAGAGCAACUCAGGUGUGGCCCAGGAUGAGCAGGUUGGGGCGAGCCUGUCAGGAGAAGAAUGUACAAAAGGUUCAGACGCCAUCAGUCUCGCAAUUAAAGACAUCAAAGAGGCAAUUGAGGAGGUGAAAACUAAAACCGUCCGCUCUCCAUAUACCCCAGACCAGCCUGAAGAGCCAAUUUGGGUGAUGAGGCAGGAUGUAAGCCCUACCGAAGACAUCUACCCACACCAGACAUCUGUCUAUUCUUGUCCUCAUUCACCUUCCCAGUCGGGGUCUGACUCUCCGUCACGCUACGCCUCACUUCCUGUUCAGGAGUCCGUGAGUCCAGUGAGAGCCGAGGUAUCCAGAGACCCUCAGCAACAUUAUCCCAAACAGUCUGAGCACGGCCACCAAUCACAGCAGAGGGACACAGCGAGGCCGCCGCACUCGCACGUGCACACACCACCCAGUCAGCACCAACAGCAGCAGCAUCAACCGCCACAAGUCCAGCCACAGUCACAGCAGCCGUUUGUCCAGAAGAUUCGCCGACCUCUUCCUCCAUUUCCAACAUUUGUGGACGUUCCAGGACCGUGUGAUCCUGAAGACCUGAUUGACGGCAUCAUCUUUGCAGCGACCUACCUCGGCUGCACCCACCUGCUGUCGGAGCGGACGCCCACCAAGAGCGCCCGCAUGCAGCAGGCGCAGGAAGCCAUGAACAGAGUCCGGGCGGCGCAGAAACAAGCAAAAAACCGGAAAAAGAGCCCUGACGGCGAGGCUCCGUGCACGGCUGAAGUGGACCUCUUCAUGUCCACACAGAGGAUCAAAGUGCUCAAUGCUGACACUCAAGACUCAAUCAUGGACCUGCCGCUGAGGACGAUCUCCUACAUCGCCGACAUCGGCAACAUGGUCGUGCUGAUGGCUCGCGGAAAGAUGGUUCGAUCCCGCAGCGCUCAGGAACAACUGGACCAAACGGCCGAGGAAGCCACCAUGACGCAGGAUGACAGGCGGCUUUACCGGAUGAUCUGCCACGUCUUUGAGUCCGAGGAUGCUCAGCUGAUCGCUCAGUCCAUCGGUCAGUCCUUCAGCGUGGCCUACCAGGAGUUCCUCCGAGCCAACGGGAUCGACCCCGAGGACCUGAGCCAGAGGGAGUACAGUGACCUGCUCAACACUCAGGACAUGUACAACGACGACCUCAUCCACUUCUCCAAGUCGGAGAACUGCAGAGACGUUUACAUCGAGAAGCAGAAGGGGGAGAUUGUGGGCGUGGUCAUCGUGGAGUCGGGGUGGGGCUCCAUCGUCCCCACCGUCAUCAUCGCCAGCAUGAUGCACGCCGGUCCGGCAGAGAAGUCGGGCCGGCUCAACAUCGGAGACCAGAUCAUGACCAUCAAUGGGACGAGCCUGGUGGGUCUGCCGCUCAACACCUGCCAGAGCAUCAUCAAGGGUCUGAAGUCUCAGUCCAGAAUCAAAAUGAACAUUGUCAGGUGUCCUCCUGUUACCAUGGUGCUCAUCCGCAGGCCGGAUCUCAGAUACCAGCUGGGCUUCAGCGUCCAGAACGGCAUCAUCUGCAGCCUGAUGAGGGGGGGCAUCGCAGAGCGAGGCGGUGUCCGCGUCGGUCACCGGAUCAUAGAGAUCAACAGUACGAGCGUUGUGGCAACGCAGCAUGAGAAGAUCGUCCAGAUCUUGUCGAAUGCGAUGGGAGAGAUUCACAUGAAGACAAUGCCUGCAGCCAUGUACCGUCUACUGACUGCACAGGAGCAGCCGGUCUACAUCUGAAUACCCCCAUAUCUGUCUGUAUUUAUGUGUCCAUGUUAAGAACUUUUACCCUCCUCGAUGUCAUGUGACGCCUUACAGUGCUUGUGUAAAUAUCUGCAGUGCAACAGCAGGAGGCAGUGUGUUCACAUAACGUAUUUUACAUUUGACCAAAGACCAGUUGUGGAUUUUUAAUUUAUGUUUAUCACCAGGUGGCAGAAAGCCGAGUAGCUGUAAUCUGUAAAUGUUGGACCUAUGAACUGCAUGUCAGAUCUGCUGAAUAAACUCUGA